AUGACAACCCCUAUAACUUUCUUCGAUUUGCCAUCCCUUGAUUCCGAUUAUAAUUUCCCAGUUAUUCAACAACUUAUUAAACAACAGAAUUUUCUCCAGCAACAAAAUCAAGUCGCUGAAGCUGAAAACUCCUUUACUGAUCUUACCUUUCCUUCUUCUCAUCAACGACAAAUUGAGGUUCAACUUGCUUAUUUUAAUCAAGCUUAUAACAACUCUCUUCCAAUUCAACAAACCUAUAUAUAUAACCCAACAGCUUAUCCUUCCCCACCUUUGGAUGCUUCUACCAAUCUUCCUUCUCCUAGGAUUGAUUUUGAAGAUAAUAAUAACGGAUCAAUGAAUUCUUCAGAUAAUUCUAAUUUAACAUCCUCAUCUUCUAAUGGCUUUCAAAUGGAUCGUCGUAUGAAUCUACCGAUUGCACUCCUUCAGCAUGUAAAACUUGAACCUGGUUCUUCAGAAGGAUCAACCGAAACAUGGUCUCGAGUUUCUGUUCCUGAGGCGUCUGGUACGACUCAUUUUCCGUUCGGUUCGUAUUCAACAAAGCCUGUCGAUGAGCGUGCGAUGAGUCCUGUAUUUCAACAACCCAUGAAUUAUUAUGGUCAUCCUCAACAUCCUGUAAAUUUUGGUAACACAAUGCCACCUAUACCUCAGGAUUAUCCGAUGCAGAACCAAAACAGAAACGUUACACAUACUACGCCACUUCAUUUUCAUCAAAACUCAAGCAGACCUCCUCCAGUUCUAUCUCCUCAAACGAUGAUGACUACUUUCAGCUCAAAGACUGUUUCUUCGACUCCUAAAAGAUAUAAAUGUAAUAUAUGUCAAAAGAGGUUUACACGUCCAAGUUCUUUACAAACUCAUACUUAUAGUCAUACUGGAGAAAAAC